AUGUCGUUCCUAAGCAACCUGAAAAAGGUGCUGCACUUCGGCAGUGGGGAGGCGAAGAAGAAGCGCCUGUUCAACAACAUCCGCAUGGACACCGAUCCGACCGACUUUUGGGACAUGAUCGGGGAGCUCGGUGAUGGCGCAUUCGGUAAGGUGUAUAAGGCGCAGAGCAAAGAAACGAGACAGCUGGCAGCGGCCAAGAUGUGUACGCUUGAGGACGAGGAAAACCUGAGCGAUCAUAUGGUGGAGAUUGACAUCCUGUCUGAGAUCAAGCAUUCGAACAUUGUCGGGCUGUACGAGGCGUUCUCGAUCGACGACAAGCUAUGGAUGCUGAUAGAAUAUUGUGAUGGCGGUGCCUUAGAUAGUAUUAUGGUGGAGCUGGAGAAACCGCUCACCGAGGCGCAGAUUGCUUACGUGUGCAAGCACAUGUGCGCUGGACUGAACCAUUUACACAAGAACAAGGUGAUACACCGGGACUUGAAGGCCGGCAACGUGUUGCUGACGAUGGACGGUGGCGUUAAACUAGCGGAUUUUGGCGUUUCGGCCAAGAAUAAGCACACGAUGCAGAAGCACGACACGUUCAUCGGGACACCCUACUGGAUGGCGCCGGAGCUGGUCUUGUGCGAAACGUUCCGUGACAAUCCGUACGACUUCAAGGUCGACAUUUGGUCACUCGGCAUCACGCUGAUCGAAUUCGCGCAGAUGGAACCACCGAACAGUGAAAUGUCCCCGAUGCGGGUGCUGCUUAAGAUCCAGAAAAGCGAACCACCUAAGCUGGACCAACCGUCGAAGUGGACGAAAAACUUCAACGACUUUCUCGCGCGCACGCUGGUGAAGGAUCCGCAGCAGAGGCCAUCGACCGAGGUGCUUAUGGGGUUACCAUUCAUCAGCGGCAAUCUGGACUCGAAACCCAUCAAGGACCUGCUGCUCGAGUACAAGGCGGAUGUCGUCGAGGAGGAGCUGGUGGACGAGGAGGCAGAGGAACCCCGCAAUUCUGCUCUUCCUCUCGACUUGGAUGAUGAUUCUUCUUCUCUGCAGAGUCAAGAAACUGAUAAGCUUCCAGAUACACCAACGUCCCUAUCGAAGUCGUCCAGGGAUUCGAAAGAGUCUACGCCCGUUCCUACUACCGAAGAUGAUCCUAGCAAAUCGAAGAUUAGCCCGACGAUGCCGAUCCCUACCGCUGCCGCCGGAUCGAUUGGAUCAGUCCCGCCGGAACCAUCGAUUCCAGCAAGCACAGACACCAAACCGGAACCGAAGAAAGCCCAACCUCCACCACCAGCAGCAUCAAUAGUACCGAGUGGUGUUGAAACAUUACCACCUUCAGCAAUCAAACCGCAACUUUCUUCAUCGAACAUUAGCGGGGCCGUGGUAAAUGUUCCCGCACCGGUAUUACCGGUGCCAAAGGAGGUCAUUGCAGAGCUACCAUCCGUAGUAGAUCCAGCUCAGGACCCGAUCAGCGUUGAACAGCGGAAAAUGGCUGUAGGUGGUGGUUCUUCUGGUUCAGCGGUCAAAAAGGGACCAGCUCCACCGCCACCUCUAACACCGACAUCGCCCACGGUGAAGCAACCACAUGCGAUGUUGCCUCUAGGUUUGGCCGUAUCGAAGGAGGAUUCGGUUCCUCCAACGCCACCGGAAACGCCACAAACGCCAACCGAAAGCGACGUCACAAGCAAGCCACUCGAUCGUCCGGAUGCGAUGGCACUGGCCGGUGCUAUGCCACCACCUCCGCCAGCAUUGAUGCGUAUGGGAAGCAGUGGUCUGGUCGAAGAGCAAACAAAGUCUCCCCGAAAGGAGCACGCGCCAGUUCCGCCAUUCGGUGGGAUGCCAAGUCCCAAGGCUUCUACCCCUCCUGGGUCAAAACCAUCGGCUAGCAUCAACGAGUAUCCUUCGUCGCCGAAAGCGAACCUAGCGUUCACUAACACUAGUAAUAAUGUUGCCAUUCCGAGAGCGGUCCAUCCGCCUUCAACACAGCAGGACGAAGGUGAAGACGAUGGGGUGAAGAUGGUCACUGCUACAUCGACACCGUCCUCAGUGCGCCACCAGCUGCCUCACCAUGCCACACUAAUGAACACCUCGUCUUCGUCGUCGACCACAUCCAUUACCAUCAACGAUGCUACCGUGCUAGCCGAUCCUUCGAACAGCUUGGCGAGCAACGUGGCACAGGUGACCGUGGUCACAAGCCAUCCGCCGGUAAUCAUCGAUAACUCGCUACCUCUGGCACCGGCAGCAGCAUCUUCAGGAAGCUCAUCCUCAGCAUCGUCAACGAAAUCGUUCGGAUCGUCGCAGCAGCGCCGCUCGCGUGUCAUAUCUCCACCGGCGGCCGGUCCCCACGAUGAGGUUGUGAUCGUAUCGAACGAGCUGAAUAAAACCCACGUCAACGAGUCAUCGACGGACGACGAUUUCCAAUCGCUGGACAGCUUGGAAAAUGUGUCACCACGUCACCAACCGAUCCGCACGCAGUCACAAUCGGCUGGCGGUGGUCGAGCGAUCGCACGAAAGUUGGACGAAAGCGAGGUGCUUAUCGUUAGUUCCGGCUUCGACGAACGGCGCGAUGUUGAUGAGUUGAUCGCGUCGCUUCCGGAUCGGGAUGUGGAUGCGUUCGGUGAUGGAGACGUGUUCAGCACCAGCGGCAAUAAUAUGCUAAACAACAGCAGUAAACUGCUGCUCGACACUAGUCAUGUAUCGGUGGUCACGGUGGGUGAGGAGGAGGUUAAGGUGAAGGACUCCUCUCAGCAUCAUCCCCAACUGGUCAACAAUCCGCAUUCGUCUCCGCAUCAUUACCACCACGAUUCCACCAGUGACUUGUCGAAUGUUAGCUGUGGCCCUAGCGAAUCUAGUGACGACGUUAAGGUGGACAUUGUGGUCGGCGGUAGGCAGCAUCCACCGCAACAGCAGCAGCAACAGCAUGCUUCACAUCAUCUGCACCAGCAACAACGAUCCCCAUCGGGUUCGUCGAUUUCCCUGCCAAGCCAAUCGGGUAAGGCAGGCGCCGGUGCCGGUGGUGUGUUGAAUGGCAAUAAGUUUAACGGCACUGAGUUCCAUCAGAGCCGCGAGGAUGUUAAUAUCAUAGUGAAUAAGCGGAAGAUCGAGAAGUCGCGGAUUUCCCCGGACAGCAGUGUCGGUUCGCUCGAAGGCGGUGGAUCGGUACGUUCGGCUAGCACGCCAAUCCAUCAGAAUUAUCAUAUGCAUCAGCACGGUGCUGGCGGUGUUGUGGUCACGGGCGGAUAUCAACACCACCAGCGUACCGGAAGCAGCGGCGUUGCGCCAGCAGCCACGAAGCAUCUGCACGAUCGUAGCGAUGCGGAGAGUAUUGCAACCACCACUAGUCACGAUAGUCGCGAGCAGGCAGCAGCCGAUCUGGAAGAUGAGGUUACCUUGCGACGGAAGCCACUACCCUCGCUGGAUCUUCAUGAUGAGAAAGUACCCACCGUCCCGGUUGGAACGACAACCUCCGGCACGUCCAACCUGGCUAAUGCGGGUGGUGCUGGUGCGACAACAACACCGGCGGGUGCUACGACGGCCGGAACUGGUCCAGCCGCCGGAACUGCCGCUGUCGGUGGUAACGGUGCGGCGGGUAUCAAAAAGGCGAACCGCAACUUCACCAAGGAGGAACUGCACCUGCAGAAUCUGAAGAAGAAAACACGCAAACGAACGCGCAAGUUCGAAAUCGAUGGCGUGCAGGUGACAACCACCACGAGUAAGGUGAUUUAUAGCGAUGAGGACAGCAACACGCUGUACGACGACCACCUGUUCCGUAAGCAGGAGCUCCGUGAGCUGAAAAUGCUCCAGAAGCAAGAAAAGAAGCAGUUUUACGAUCUGCAGGGUAAGGAAGCGAUCGCCAAAGAGCAGCAGGAGAAAAAAUUCGAACAGGAGCGCCUACAGCUGGAGCGAACCUUCGAGGCGGACAUGGACGUGUUGGCACGGCAACAUCGGCAGACGGUGGAGAAGUUCGAGCAGCAGCAGGAAGCAGAGCUGCGCAACACCUCCAAAAAGAUUCGUGCCGAACAGGAGCGAGAUCUUAAGCUGUUCCGCGACAGCUUAAAGCAAGAAAUACGACUGCUAAAGCAGGAGGUGGACCUGCUGCCAAAGGAAAAGCGAAAAGAUGAAUUCCGCAAGCGAAAAACGCAGAUGGAAUUCGAGCACGAGGAGCGGGAAAAGGCGUUCCUGUCGUCGCUGUCGGAAAAUCAUGAACUGGCCCUGCGAAGGAUCAGCGAGAUCUAUCGCGAAAAACUGUCGGCCACCGACAAGGGCUACUUGCAGCAGAAACAAACGGCAUUGAGAACACGCGAAGCGAUGCUGUGGGAGCUGGAGGAGAAACAUAUCCACGAUAAACACCAGCUGGCAAAACGUCACGUAAAGGACAUUUGCUUUAUGCAGCGCCACCAGAUGAUUAUACGGCACGAGAAGGAAUUGGAUCAAAUCAAACGCAUGAUCACCCGAAAGGAGGAGGAACUGCUGAAGCGACAGACGAUCGAGAGGCGAGCACUGCCAAAGAGAAUCCGCGCCGAGCGGAAGGCUCGCGACAUGAUGUUCCGUGAGUCGUUGCGCAUUUCGAUGACCACCGAUCCAGAAGUUGAACGGGAAAAGUUGAAAAAGUUCCAAGAGCAAGAGAAGAAACGGUACAACCAGGAGCAACUGCGGUUUGAAACCAAGCACAGUAAACAGCUUGAAGAGCUGAGAGCUACCUCAGACGGUUCGAUUAAAGAGCUGGAGCAGCUACAGAACGAAAAGCGAAAGCAGCUUCUAGAGCACGAAACGGCGAAGCUUCGCGAAUGCGACGAAGGAUUGCAAAAGGAGCUGCGUGAGUGGAAGGCCCAACUAAUGCCCCGCAAACAGGCCAUUGAGAAGGACCUGAGCCGCAUGGUGGACGUGCUCGAGGACCGCUGGGGUCCGGUGGAUCGGCGCGAGUUCGAUGGCGAAUUUAUCGUGCCGCCGGAGCUGCGCAAUCGCACCAACUCGCUCAAUACGCUCUCGCUCCGGUUGCUGAACAUCACGCGCUCCCGUACGUUCCUAACGCUUCCCACAAUGGCGAACGGUGGUGCGUUCGGUGUUGGACCCGGUGGUGCAGGUGGUGGUGGUGGUGGUGGCACUAACCGGAACAGUAUACACAACUCGGUGCCGGAUCUGACCCGGUCCAUGCCGAACACGCCCAACUCGGGCCACAAACUUUCGCUCGCCUCAUCGUACGAUUCGGUGCUGGAAGAGAACGAGGGCGAAAAUCAGCCACCGACGAUGGUGAGCGGACGGAAUGGUGCGGCUGGUGGCAAGGCGGGUUCUGCUUACCAGAAUUCGUCCGCAAUACGGUACAUCCACACCAACGAUCCGGUGGUCAGUGGUAACGUUCACGUGCGACGUAAAUCCGAGGAUAUACUGUCCGGGAAAUCACGAACCACGCGCAUUCCAAUCAAAUCGUUCCUUCACUCGAACGUUGGAGCGGCUCGGGAAGAGUAUGGCGGUGGUACGUCGUCCUCGUACUACACCGGAAAUGGUUACCGCAGUGGACCGCCAAUGUCGUACUACGCCGACUCGAAGGAUCGCGUUGUUUCGAUACGCGUUAACAACCAGGCGGUCAACCGAAAGCCAGCGAACGUGUUCGAGGGCAUGACCAACCGGACAAACGCACCGACCGGUGGGACAAUGCCACGCCGGACGUCCGCUGGUUGGGGAUCGACCCGGUUAGGCGAGAACACCUUUGCCACUGCGUCCGACGCUAACAUCAACCGGUUGACGACAUUUAGCUCCGCUCGUGGAGGACUUCCGCUCCCAACCACGAACGGGAAUGACGGAAGUCGAAAAUCCGGCAUGCCGGGUUUGAAAUUGUCACCCUCCACACCGGUGUUGCUAACACCGAGUAGAGAGGACGAUACGGUUGUCUAA